AUGACCUCCGCCAAGGAAGGGAAGGCGGCGGGCCCCCUCUUGUUCCCCGCCGGCCAGGAGAGGCGGAGGAACCCGCUGGACCAGCUGCCGCCCCCAGCCAACUCCAACAAGCCGCUGACCCCGUUCAGCAUCGAGGACAUCCUGAGCAAGCCGUCGGUGCGGAAAGCGGCCACCGGGCCCUGCGCCCCCUCGCCCCGGCUGCUGGACAGAGCGGCCGGCUCCGGAGCGCCCCGGAACGGCGUGCCCGCCCCGUCCUCCCCGCUCUGCGCCCUGGAGGAGCUGGCCAGCAAAACUUUCCAGGGGCUGGAGGUGAACGUGCUGCAGGCUGCGGAAGGUCGCGACCCGCUGGGCGCCUUCGGGCCGCGGCCGGCCUCCAAGAAGCGGCGGAAGUCGCGCACGGCCUUCACCAACCACCAGCUCUACGAGCUGGAGAAGCGCUUCCUCUACCAGAAGUACCUGGCGCCGGCCGACCGCGACCACCUGGCGCAGCAGCUGGGCCUGAGCAACGCGCAGGUCAUCACCUGGUUCCAGAACCGCCGCGCCAAGCUCAAGCGCGACCUGGAGGAGAUGAAGGCCGACGUGGAGUCGCUCAAGAAGCUGCCGCCGGCCGCCCUGGAGAGCCUGGCGGGAAUGGCCGAGCUCGGCGAGCCCCCGGGCCCCGAGCCCUGCUCCGAGGAGGAGAUCGAGGUGGACGACUAGGGGCAGGGGCCAGCGCCCGGGGCCGGUGGCCGAGACCCCCCAGGCAGCCGGCCCCCGUCUGCGCCCCUCUGAACUGAGAACCUGGGACUUACCAAAUACACCUCACUGAGGGGGGAGCCCCCC